UCAAGAUCACUCAACAUCCUGCCUUUCUGCCGCGCUUCUUGUCACCACAGAGGAUGUCCUCAUCAAUCAGCUCGUCCAGCGAUGUUGAGGCUAUCCUCAAGUCCAAGCGGGAGCUGCAGGAGAAGCCCACAAACGACGUCCUCCAGCCUGUCUAUCGCUUUCUUGUACCUCAGGUCGACGGGGGCUCGACCUCAACCACUACCCAUGAGGAUCACUGGUACUGCAGCAAAGCGGUAUCUCCGCUUCACCGUGAAGCAGCUACGUAUCUGAUAUUCCUGUUCGCUUUCCAGCGGCAAGGAACCUCCAAGUUGUGGGUGGAGAAGGUGGAGAUGAUACUCGAGUCUUGCGAGCAGUGUGCUAGGGGAUUUGGGGCCGCACGAAGGCGCAUGGAAUCAAAGUACCUGUCCGACUGGCCGUUGCAUGUCAGAAAGAAUUUCUUCGGUGCUGUAGAUCGUUGGCAGAGCGGCUUCAUCGCCGCCCAAGUCAAGAAAGCUACCGACCCAGCUUAUGGAAAGGAACCACCCACCGGCCCUUCUUUGUAUGCUCUUGGCAGGCCAGCUUUACAGGUACUCAUGGGAGAGCCUUCUCUACUGUCCCACAGCAAUAUUGUGCCCCUCAUCGACGACGCCUUGUCAACACCUCCUCCGGCUUCUCUUAGUGCACUUGGAAUGACCCCAGUCCAUGCGCGUCUCCUGUCAUCCACGGAGGUAUCGAAGCGCGAAUGGUGUCUGGCGCUAUUGCCUGCAGCUGCCCGGCGGCCGCUGUCCUUCACCGAAUGGUGCUCCCUGGGUAUAGGGAGUGAAUUGCAAGAUCUCUACAAUGACGGAUCUCUAGAUGGAGAGACGAGAUGGACAGUGAUGAAGACUGUCAUCGAUUCAAAGGUGCUUGAUAAGGAGACGGUCGAGAGAGGUUUACUCAAAGGACAAUUGGAGGACGAGCCUCAUGGGCGAACCGGUAGAGGUUUAAUGCCUGUACUGAGCGGCUUGAUAAGCAGCGAUAUCACAUAUCUAAGUUCGGUCCUGUCGUGUUUUCACUCCUUACUGCAUUCGACGCCCACCCAUCUGAUAUGGGCAUUCGACACAUCCCCUGAUCUCCCACACACCCUGCUUUCCGAACUUCGAGCAAAUCCCGCACUUCAGAGUCUGUUCGAAGCUAGAUUCAAGACCAAAAAUGCCGAGAUCGAAGAUACCGCGCCAUCGUCUGCGGACAAGGGUAAAGGUAAAGCUCGGGAAGAUGGUCCCUUGGACUGGAUGGGCGACUUUUUGCUUUCUGUGCUAGACUCGGAUAAGCAAAGAAGCAGUCCUGCGAAGGGCUCUCUCGCGUUCACUGAAGCCCUGGCGAUUGCCAUGAAUAUGGUCUUCCAAGAGUUUCAGCACCCCAGAUUGCCCGAAGGACUUCGAGCUUUUGCUGCAUACGCUGGUUUUGACGCCCUGAUACGAGUCUAUCAAGCGGUCGGUCCCGGAAAUACUCCCUAUAAUACUGCAAUAUCAUCCGUGCUCGACUUGCACUCCGGCUUCAUCACCACGGUUGCUUUUCGCCCCCAACAUCAAUCUCUUCGCGCCUGGUCCGAGACUCGCUCUGCCGCCCGCGAAGUCUUGAUGACAUUUUUUUCGGCAGAUGCUACUUCAACGAUCAGCAGUGUGAUCGCUUUGGCGAUGAUCAGCUAUGACGAGCGAAAACGCCUACAAAGGAAGAAGAGAGAAAAAUCAGAAAAAGCCCCGCCGCCCAGAUACAUAGACAAGCUUCCUCAGGCUGUCGUGAGAAAAGAUCUCUGGGCUAUGGCGUACGAUGCCUUGUCCCCGACCGACUCGGAGGGGGCGGCUAUACUGCUCAAAUCACUCGUCCCUUUCGCCCAUAUAGAGCUGCUUGAUCGACAAGCUUCGUGGACGCAUCACGGCCUGGAGGAGGUGGUUAAGAAGGAUGACUGGGUCACAGCGAUACGGUCGAUCAAUGCCGCGAUACGGUCCACCCGAGAAUCAUUCCCUCGUGUCAUUGAGUCACUGGCCAGUCAAGCGGAUCCACGCGUUGUUGAAUCACUGUGGAAGAUUGAAGGCAUACCAAAAACGAUGACCAUUCUUCUUCUCUCGCCUGACGAUGAUAUACACACCCCAGUCAUCAGUAUCAUUCAACAGUCCUUUGAAGACGUCGAUGAUAGAGGAGACUGUUUCCGAGCUCUCCUCAAAACAUACCCCAAUGAGACUGUUGAUGGUCUUAGCGAUUUCCUUCGUACCUUCUUUGAAGCGGCCAACGUCACCCCCGAGUCAUGCUCGCUCGCCAAAUGGCUCGUACGAUGCUUCCACGACGUUCUCGAAGUGCUCUGCGGCCCCUCCGAGCUCUCUGUCCCCCUUUUGCAGUCCGACUCAUUCCUCUCGUCCUAUUCGAAUGGCCGGGCUAUGACGAAGCGCCUGGAAGAGCUUUGGCACCUCAUGACCACCUCGCUCGCUCUGAUAUUCAAACGUACCCUUGAUUGGGCGCCGCACUUUGAGAACGAAGUAAUGGUCGAUUGGAUGCGGGAUGCCUUGAUUUUCGGUCGUCAGAUGACGGAUCAUAUCAGGGCCUUUGAGGCUGCUGUUCUUGGUACCAAUGCUAGGUCAAGCGGAACGCUGUCUGAAUCGACGGCGAGGACAAGUUUGGUCGGAAAGAAGAUGACAAAACAAUUGGAGUUGAUCCUGGCUGAUCUGAUCUUGUGGCUGAGGUUGACCGAUGUCGAAACUCUUUUCCAAACACAUCAACUUAUCAAGACCAUCCUCGAUCGAAUCAACAAGACCUCCACUGAUCUAUCCAAGAACCCCACUCUUGAAAGAACCCUCGUUGACAUCGACAAGUUUUGUCGAAAGACCACGAGAAGCUUUACGAGUCGACUUACCGAUGAUUCUCUGUCUGAAUUGUCUGAACUUCUUGAACCUUUCAAUCUCGCCGAAGAUGAGCCCGAGAUACAGUUCGUCAGGGAGACUAAGCCGCCUUCUUCGGGGACCAAAGAUGCCAAACCGGCUGCCCUUCGCAACGCUUUCUCCGAGAUGAUGAAGGCGUCCGGUAGUAAAUCUGCCUCAUCUAGCAGAGCCUCAACACCCUCUGAAAAACGCAAAGAGUCGGCUGGGAAGAGCAAAGACACGGGCGACGAGUUUGAUGAUGAUGACGACUUUUUCGAUCUUCUUUCACCCUCGGAUCUCGAUUUAAUCGAAAAGCGAGCAGUCAUGAAGAACAAAGUCACGCAGACUUCUUCCAAGCUGGGACCCUCAAGUCUCCAAUCCUCUGCUCGAGCCUUGCCACCUUCUCACAAGAUACAUGUCGAUCUGAGGUCAAAGUAUCCUCCGACCAAGCCAACGUCGAGCUCGACAUUCAAAUCAAAAUUUAUGAAAGACCUCCGGAAAGAGCAUGCGGCGUCUAUACACGAGAGGAAGACAGAUUUGGGACAAUCAGCACCGAGGCUGCCCACUGCUUCUGUACUUGGCUCUGGAUUAGGCGCCUAUACCGGCCCGCCGAAAGCUAGAGUCGUUGAGCCUGCUGAUAGCGGCUCAAGCGCCUCUGAAUCAUCCGAUGACGAACGUUCUGCUCUCAAGAAUCUAGCAGCGAAGCAGAAAUCCCCAGCAAGGCCCGCUAGACCAGCACCCGAGAAAAGAUCUAUCAAGGUGCUUGCAGACCCUAUGAAUGAUGUCCUUCGGCGCAAUGAGGAUAGGCGAGCAAAAGCGCACGCAACGAAAAUGCGUCUCAAGCCAGACUACAACCCGCUUUAUCGAUACGUCUUAUCAUGGGAUCCGGAUCACGCCGGUCCCCUCCCCCCGCAUGGUGCGAAAUUCGCUGCUGCGCUGUCUAAGCUGCAGCCUGUGCCCAGCUCUUUUCGAGAUGCGAAACACUAUGAGCAAAUCAUGCUUCCAUUGUAUCUACAGGAGCUUUGGGCGCAGUGUGCCAAAGACCAGGCUCAAACAGGGCCCGCCAUCGAGGCUGAAAUCAUGUCAAGACAAUACGAAGAUGACUUUGUGGAUAUAGAAUUCAUGGUCUCUGGGCGUGGUGAUUUCUGGUGUAACGACUCGGAUCUUGUGACUCUACGGCAGCCGGGUAAUCCCAAAGGUAUUUUCGCCAAAGUCAUGUUUUUCAAAAAACAGAUGAAGGCCUCGAGUAUCAGAGCAAGGAUCAUGGCCUCCAUGGACGUGAAGGAAUUAUGUGGAAAGUCGAAAUGGCAGAUCCGCAAACACUUUUCAUUGGGUACUGCUAUCCGAGAGUUUGGAGCUCUGAAGGGUUUGCCUUGGUACGAGUCAACCUUGUUGACAGAGGCCAUGGCAGGCAGGAGUGCUAGACUGCCACAGCCUUCUUCCAACGACAUCGAGGACGCAAUGCAGUCAUUCGGGUUGAACCAGCCUCAGGCUCGAGCAGUCGUCAGUUCCAUGCAGGGCAAAGGCUUUGCUCUUAUCCAAGGUCCUCCCGGUACUGGUAAGACGAAAACAAUCAGCGGCCUGGUUGGCAAAUGGCUUUCAGAGCGAAGCAUACCCAUCUCUACCAACGGCCAGCCAGUCGUGAAGCCCAAGCUUCUUGUAUGUGCUCCCAGUAACGCUGCCAUCGACGAAGUCUGCAAAAGACUCAUUCUGGGAGUACCAAAUCCCGAAGGAGGCACUUUCUCCCCAAAUAUCGUUCGAGUCGGCAUCGACACUUCAGUCAAUAUUGCUGUCAAAGACGUUUCUCUGGAUAGCUUGGUUGAAGCAAAGAUCAACACCAACUCGAACACUCAAGCCGGCGGCGAUUAUGCGAGAAUACAAGCCGAGCUGGAUGACGUUAAACAGCAAAUUAAGGACAAGCAAGAGGCCAUCAGAUUGGCGGAAGGCCACGAUGAAAAGCGUGGAACGUUGGAGAACGAGUAUCACGCUCUUAUAACGAGACGUACUCAGCUCGGUCAGGCUUCGUCAAAGGCUAAAGACGCUGCUCGGGACAGCACUCGGCACCUCGACGGAGCACGUCGCGCGGCAAGAGAGAGAGUUAUGAACGAUGCCGACAUUGUCUGUGCAACGCUCUCGGGUGCUGGUCAUGAAACUCUUUCAGCUUAUACAUUUGGCACUGUUAUCAUUGAUGAAGCUGCCCAGGCCAUCGAAAUGAGUUGUCUGAUCCCUCUCAAGUACGGGUGCACGCGGUGUGUCAUGGUUGGUGACCCCAAUCAGCUGCCACCCACGACUUUCAGUACCAAUGCCGAAAAGAUGAACUACAACGAAAGCUUGUUCGUACGUCUCUCCAAGCGCAAUGCAGAAAGCGUACAGCUUCUCAGCAUCCAAUACCGGAUGAAUCCAUUCAUCUCCGAGCUACCUUCCAAGGUUUUCUACAAUGGUCAGCUCAGAGAUGGUCCGGAUAUGGCGAAGAAAACCGCCGCCAUCUGGCAUGAGCGUAACGUAUUUGGCCCCUAUCGUUUUUUCAACAUUCAAGGUACCGAAAAGAAGGUUGGAACCUCCACCAAGAACACGGAGGAGGCUAUGGCAGCUGUGGAGCUCUAUGGGCGACUCAAUGCCGAUUUUGGAACAAGGAUCAAUCUGGCGAUGCGCGUCGGUGUCAUUUCAAUGUACAAAGAGCAGUUGAGAGAGUUGAAGAAGCAAUUCAUCGAAGCUUUCGGACCUGCGAUUGUGGAGCUUGUUGAGUUCAAUACAGUCGACGGCUUUCAAGGUCAAGAAAAGGACAUCAUCAUUCUUUCUUGUGUUCGAUCAGGACCCGACCUCCACCAUAUCGGUUUCCUUCGAGAUGUCCGACGAAUGAAUGUUGCCCUUACCAGAGCAAAGAGCUCAUUGUUCGUUUUCGGCAAUGGACCGACCCUCGAAAGGAGCGAUGAUCGCUGGAAGAUCAUCGUACAGGACGCGAGGGAAAGGGGAUUCUUUAUCGAUUACACUCCGACAAUUUUCAGCGAAACCAUUCAUCCGCCGCCGCCCAAGCACAAGAAGAGGUCAAGUGUCCCCAAGACAAUAUCAUCGCCUUCAAAACGAGCCGAGGCAAGCUCUCCCGCUCUGUUACCGCCUAAAGCCCUUGCGGCCGAGAUUUCUGGCAGUCCGCAAGCCCGAAAGCGAGUAGCAGAGAAUGAUUCCGGCCCAGACAAGAAAAAGCGGCGCAAAUCAUCGGAUGCUGGUUCCCCGACCAGUACUACACGGCCUUGGGUCAAGCCCGAACCUACUCCUAUGAGGGAGUUGCCGAAGCCAUCGACAUCCAGUAGCUCAGACAAACCUCACAAACUUCAUAAGGUCGUUGGUACGACAGGCACUUCCAGCCUGGACCGACCUCAGCAGUUGACUAAACCCCGCCCCCCGCCCCCAACUGCCCCAGAAGAUGUACUGUUCAUCAAAAAGAAGAAGAAGCGACCAAACAAGUAGACAAUUGACUUUGAAAUUCAUCUGUCACCAUACGCUGUACUCAUAUCUUACACAAUCGCCCUUGCAUACCAUCCAUGUACUAGACCAUGAGCAUCUGUCAACUCCAUCUACAUCACACUAACAUCAGUUUUACUCCCCAUCCAUACAAUAUGCAUUGUCAUGAUAUCUACGUACAUACGACUGACUGC